AUGAAGUCAAAACGGACUCUGUCCAUCGUCACUUGCCACGCCGAGGGCGAGUCUGGCGAUGUCAUUAUCGGCGGCGUACCAGAUAUUGCUGCCUCAACAAUGCAUGAGAAGCUCCUCAAAUUCAUCGGCAAGAAUGACGGCCUCCGCAGACUGAUCCAUAACGAGCCCAGAGGCCGCCAAGAGAUGAGCACCAUGUUCCUGACCGCGCCUUGCGACCCGCGCGCGGAUAUUGGGUUCCUCAUCUCGGCACCAGGCGAUUGGGUGCCUAUGUCUGGGUCCAAUACAAUUUGCACUGCUACUGUGCUGCUCGAGACGGGCAUCCUGCCCAUGACCGAACCGCAGACUGUGCUCAAGUUGGACACGGCUGCUGGUCUCAUCACAGUCACGGCAGAUUGCAAAGACGGCUCGUGCAACGCUGUGUCGUUCGACAAUGUGCCUGCGUUUGUCUAUGCCCUGGACCUGAACAUCAAUCUGCCUGACAUCGGCACCGUAGCAGUGGACAUUGCUUACGGCGGCCAGUGGUACGUCGUAAUCGCGGCGGAUGCUUUGGGUGUCGAGGUCACCCCGGCGUUUGGCGCCCGAUUGAUUGAGCUUGGAAACCUCAUUAAAAAGACUGUACUGGACACAGUCAUGCCCACGCAUCCCGAGAACCCUGCCAUUCGAGGCAUCAACAACGUUGUCAUUACAGAACCACUCACUACCUCGCCGACAGGUGCCAUCUCGGUCAAGCACACAGUUAUUGUCACGCCAGGUCGAUUGGACCGAAGUCCGUGUGGCACGGGCAGCUCGUCACGUCUCGCGAUCCUCCACGCGAGAAAACUCAUCAAGGAGGGCGAUGAGGUCACGUUCAAGAGCGUGAUCAACACGGAGUUUAUGGGCAAGAUCAAGUCGACGCAAAAGAUUGGCACAUAUGAUGCCAUUAUACCCAACAUUAAGGGUCGAGCCUGGAUUACGGGAGAGAAGAAGAUUUAUGUUGAUCCAGAUGACCCUUUUCCGGAAGGAUUCCAAAUUUAA